UUGACAGAAGAAAGAAAUUGAUCAAAUUGCCCGCUACACAACACUAACAACACCAAACACCAAACACCAACACUACUCGAUACUCCCCGCAACAGCAGCAGCCGCUGUUCGAUGUCUGCGAGAAUCUACCACGAACGACAGGUGGCGCAACUGUGCGCACUGCACGCCCUUAACAAUUUGUAUCAGCGUCGCAAUAUGUUCACCAAGAAGCAACUGGAUGGUUACUGUUAUGCGCUGACGCCACGCGUCUGGCCGAAUCCGCAUCGCUCGUGUCUGGGCUGGGGCAAUUACGACGUGAACGUGAUCAUGUAUGCCGUGGAGCAGCUGAACUGCGAGACCAUUUGGUUUGAUCGAAGGCGUGAUCCCCAUUGCCUCAACCUGGCCGAGAUCUUUGGCUUCAUACUGAACAUCGGCGCUGCCGUGAGCCUUGCCUACUAUAUUCACCUGCCCGGCGUUCGGAACCGGCAUUGGAUCGCCUUGCGCCGCAUCGAGGGCAAUUACUAUAAUCUGGACUCGAAGCUGAAGCAGCCGCGUUGCAUUGGCAACGAGCUCAAGUUCUUGGACUAUCUCCGGCAGCAGCUAAAGCCCGAAAAUGACCAUGAGCUAUUCAUUAUUGUGAGGCGCCAGCGUCAGCAGCAGCAGCAGGAGCAGGCAGAGCAGCAGCGCUGGCUAAGGCCCGAGUAUCGGCCCAUGCAGGAGGAGAGCGAGUAAGCACACCAACACAUAUACACAUACAUACAUACAUACAUACAUACACACACAGUCACACCAUACACGCGCCCCUAGGUUUACAAUAAACAU